CUGGUUCGACAAGUCCUUCACCCUGGUGGUCUUCAAGAACGGCAAGCUGGGCGCCAACGCCGAGCACUCGUGGGCCGACGCGCCCAUCAUCGGGCACCUCUGGGAGUUCAUGCUGGGGACGGACCGGUUCGAGCUGGGCUACGACGAGAAGGGCAACUGCCGAGGGGAGCCCAACACGGGGCUGGCGCCCCCCGAGCGCCUGCUCUGGGACAUCCCCCCCGAGUGCCAGGAGGUCAUCGAGAGCUCGUACCGCGCGGCCCGGGCGCUGGCGGACGACGUGGACUUCUGCUGCUUCCUCUUCACGCACUUCGGCAAGGGGCUCAUCAAGCGCUGCCGCACCAGCCCCGACGCCUUCGUGCAGCUCUCGCUGCAGCUGGCGCAUUUCCGCGACAAGGGCAGCUUCUGCCUCACCUACGAGGCCUCCAUGACGCGGCUGUUCCGCGAGGGCCGCACCGAGACCGUGCGCUCCUGCACGGCCGAGGCCACGGCCUUCGUGCGCAGCGUGGAGGACCCGGCGCAGAGCCGUGCCGAGCGGCAGCGGCUCUUCAAGCUGGCGGCCGAGAAGCACCAGCUCAUGUACCGGCUGGCCAUGACGGGCGCCGGCAUCGACCGCCACCUCUUCUGCCUCUACGUGGUGUCCCGCUACCUGGGCGUGCAGUCGCCCUUCCUGGACCAG